AUGCGGUUUUGCAGACAAAGAGUAUUGGUAUUAGGUGGAGGAGGUGCCGUUGGAUUGGCUGCAAUUCAAUUGUCAGCAGCAGCAGGCUGCAUUGUAACAACCACAUGUGGAAGUCAGAGCAUUCAACGUGUCCUGGAUGUUGGUGCUGAGCAGGCAAUAGAUUACACUACUGAGGAUAUUGAGUUAGCAAUCAAAGGACAAUUUGAUGCUGUUCUUGACACCAUAGGGAUACCAGAAACUGAAAGAUUGGGCAUUAACCUUCUGAAGAGAGGUGGACACUAUAUGACACUUCAGGGAGAGGCAGCAUCCCUUGCUGAUAGAUAUGGGUUAGCUAUUGGUCUUCCUGCUGCUACAGCUGUUUUGCUAAAGAAGCAAUUUCAGUACCGAUAUUCUCAUGGAAUAGAGUACUGUUGGACGUAUAUGAGGGCUGAUGCUGAAGGAUUAGAUGAGAUUCGACGACUAGCAGAAGCUGGCAAGAUGAAGAUACCUGUAGAGAAAACGUUCCCCAUCACCCAAGUUAGGGAGGCUCAUGAAGCAAAAGAGAAGCGGCUUGUACCUGGUAAAGUUGUUCUGGAGGUUGAUUAGCAUGCUGCCAUCUUUGUUCUUUGUAGCUCCACAUGAUAAAGAAACUGUAUAUAGUGGAUCAUUCCUCAGGCAGCAUUCUCUUUUAAUAAUAUUUCUGUAAGUACUUUGUUUUAGUUUUCUUAUAGAGAAAGAGAGUCAUACGGGUUCAAUCUAUGUUAAAACUUUUGGGAUAAAGCAAGAAAAAAUGUAGACCGUAACCAAAAUUGUUGGUGAAUAAAAUUAUAACCCUCAACUGUCA